UAUACCGUACCUAUGGGCCAUGGGCCAUGGGCUACAAAGCUACAAUCUACACCGUACACCGUCUAUCCGCCUACAAGCACAUACCAAUCACCCAGCAGUCCCAGGUGCAACGCAACGUCAGCGGUUCCGAAACAGUCGUCUGACCGCGCAAAGGAAAGGCAUCAACGAAACACCAGUGCCACACAUCGAAAGGCAUAGAUACUCAUCAAGCAAGCGAACGGCGAACGUCCAGCAGAAUGAUAUCCGCGUUCUUCAUCUUUAAUCAGAAGGGAGAGGUCUUGAUCUCUCGGCUGUUCCGAACCGAUUUAAAACGUUCAAUCGCGGACGUCUUCCGAAUACAGGUCAUCUCGAACGCGGAUGUACGUUCACCCAUCAUCACUCUCGGAUCUACCUCUUUCUUCCACGUCAGGGUCAACAAUGUUUUCGUACUGGCAGUCACCAAAUGCAAUGCAAACGCCGCUCUCGUCUUCGAGCUCCUGUAUAGAUUCUUGAGCAUCUCCAAGUCGUACUUCAAUAAGCUGGAUGAGGAGGCUGUCAAGAACAACUUUGUGCUCAUCUACGAACUCCUCGAUGAGAUCUUGGACUUUGGCUACCCUCAGAACUCAGAGAUCGACGCAUUGAAGAUGCACAUCACGACUGAAGGUAUCCGAUCAGAGAUGGCCGUCCGGGAGGAUUCUUCCAAGAUCACGAUUCAAGCUACGGGCGCAACGUCAUGGAGAAGAAACGACGUCAAGUACAGGAAGAACGAGGCUUUCGUCGACGUCAUCGAGUCCGUCAACCUCUUGAUGAGCAAGGAAGGUGCUAUCCUUCGGGCGGAUGUGGAUGGCCAGAUCAUGAUGAGGGCGUAUCUAAGCGGAACACCGGAAUGCAAGUUUGGGCUGAAUGACAAGCUCGUCCUCGAGAAGAAACCCGACCGAGCACGGUCCGACAACGCCGUCGAGUUAGACGAUUGCCAAUUCCAUCAAUGUGUGCGGCUGGGCAAAUUCGACAGCGAUCGGUCGAUCAGCUUCAUCCCGCCUGAUGGCGAGUUCGAGUUGAUGAAGUACCGAUCCACCACCAACAUCAACCUGCCCUUCAAGCUGCAAUCUCAUGUCGUUGAACCCACCAAAUCUCGAGUCGAAUACACCAUUCAGCUUCGGGCAACAUUUGACCCUAAGCUAAAUGCCAACGGAGUCAUUCUCCAGAUACCCACACCCCUAAAUACAAGCGGCGUCAACUGCAAAGUCAGCAUGGGCAAGGCGAAAUACGUCCCAGCGGAUAACAUGAUUGUGUGGAAAAUCCCCCGAAUGCAAGGUGCCCAGGAAGCCACUUUCCAAGCCGAGGCCGACUUGGCGACCACCACUGUCAAGCAAGCCUGGUCGAGACCGCCCAUCCAAUUGGAUUUUUCCGUCGUCAUGUUCACCGCAUCGGGUCUACUUGUACGGUUCCUGAAGGUUUUCGAGAAGAGCAACUACCAGUCCGUGAAAUGGGUACGGUACAUGACGAAAGCGAACUCGACAUAUCAGAUCCGGUUUUAGCGAUCGGAAUCGCGGUGCGGGAUGGGUCUGUCCUCUCAAAUUGUAUUCCGAUUAUGACUAUCACGUUGCGACCCUUGUUUUACAUGUCGGAAGCAAAGGCGACCGACGAUGACGAAACGACAGAGCCGUCGCCUCGUUUCGUCAAACCUUAUUUCCGGUGUUGCCAUCGAGAAUUUUGAUGUCGCACAAAGCGAUGGAAUCCGAUAUGUCCGGGUCUCCCAAGUUUCUGAGGUUCUGAGGGGUCUGGAUUGCGAUCGGCGGAUCGCAGGGUGCAGAUCGGCGGUAUUCUGCUUUUGUUUUGAUGCGAUCAAUCUUUUCGCCUUUUGUGAUGGCGGGUGGCGAUCCGCAACAGGGCGAUCAGCUGAUGGGGACUUGUCUAGUAAGCUAGUAAAAUGAGCAGCGAGAAGCGAAAAAAGAUCGAACAAAAUAACAACGGG